AUGCAUGCCAAAAAUUCUUCUUCAAACAAGAAUCAUAACAAAAGGAAAGUUAAUGAGAAUCUUAGCAUACAAGAGAAGCGUAUGUUAAAAUAUAAGGCACAUUUGGAAGACGAAAAAAUAGGAGAAUUGAGUGAGCUUGAAAGAUAUUUGUCAGACAAUCAAGAGCCAAGCUAUGAGUAUUUUGACUUGUUGGAUUGGUGGAAGACAAAUAAAGCAAAAUAUAAGAUUUUGGGAAAAAUUGCAAGGGAUGUGUUGGCUGUUCCAGUUUCUACAGUUGCUUCAGAAUCUGCAUUUAGCACGAGGGGUAGACUUCUUGAUUCAUUUAGGAGUAGUCUUUCUCCUAAAACAGUGCAAGCGCUUGUAUGCACACAAAAUUGGAUUCGGGGUGUGUUUAACAAAACUGCAAAAGUUUGUUAUGAAGAUGUGUUGAAAGAAAUUGAAGACCUUGAAGAAAUUGAAAGUGAUUUUGCAAACAAACUUAAUAUUUGUACCGACAACAUCGAUUGA